AUGACGAAACCAAAAUCCAAAAAACAAGCUUUAAUUGGGAACUUUUUCAAAAGAAAAUUCGAAGAAAUUAAUGAUAAUGAGUCAAGUCGGAGUGUUGAUAAUGAGAAUAUCCAAGCAAAUGAUGACGUUGAUGGCGAUGCAAGUCCGAAUGUUGAUAAUGAGAAUAUCCAAGCAAAUGAUGACGUUGAUGCAAGUCCGAAUGUUGAUAAUGAUAAUCCUACAACUUCAAUUCCAACAACACGAGGUAUUAUUGAUUUAAAUGAUCUUCCUUCGGAUCCACAUGAUAGGCCACCUAUUACUAGUUAUCACCCAAAUCAAAUAGAAUUACUUGAAGGUGAAAUUAAAACGGGUAAAGGAUUAAACCAAGAGGUUUCCCUAGCACGACCCGGUGAUACGCGAUGGGGUUCACAUCAUAGAACCAUCAUCAGUUUGCUUAGAUUGUUUCCGGAAGUUGUGACCGUACUCCAAUAUGUUAAAGAAGAUGGAGAUUGCAGUCAACAACGAACAAAUGCAAAAGGUAUUCUAUCGUAUUUUAAAAAACUCGAGUUUGUUUUUUAUAUGCAUUUGAUGGGAGAUAUAUUAAGUUACACAAAUGCUCUUUCAAAACACCUUCAACAAAAAGGUAAAGAUUUAUUAGAAGCGGCCAACUUGAUAAAUGGUACAAAACGAGCAUUAAAUGCUUUAAGACAAAAUGGGUUUGAGCCGAUGUUGGAAAAAGUGACUUCCUUUUGUAAAAAAUACAACAUUACAAUGUUGGACAUGUCGGAAAGUUAUGGUAACCCAAGAAACCGAAAGAAUGUCAUUACAAAUCGACAUCAUUUUGAGGUUGACAUUUUUAAUGAGGUUUUAGACAUGCAAAUUCAAGAAUUAGGAAGUCGAUUUAGUAAGGUAACAACUACUUUGAUAAAAAAUAUGUCGGGUUUAAAUCCUUCUAACGGUUUUUCUAAGUUUGACCCAUCGAAGAUAUUGGCGUUUGCUAAGAUGUACCCGGAUGAUUUUACUACACAAGAAAUAGGGACGCUUUUGGGUGAUAUUGAGUCAUUUCGUCACACAAUAAGCGAUGAUGAUAACUUUGACAACUUGAAUGGAAUAAGUGAUCUUGCGCGUCUUAUGGUUGAAACGAGAAUCUCAACCAACACGUGA